UGAGAGAUAAAUUGUGUGUGGUACAAUUGGUGGAGUCGGGUACAAAACUGUCCUUUUUCGUUUCCUGAGAGGGACGGUUAACAGUCUAGGCUAAAAGUACCCGAGCUAAACGGUUGAAUCACUUAGAAAAAAAAAAAGGGGGAUAUUACCGGGGAAGCAACAUGUCGGGAAAUAAAGACAGUGACGGCGGAUGGAGGAAAUUUGUGUGGAAUUCAGAGAAGAGCGAGUUUCUAGGACGUACGGGGAUCAGUUGGUUUAAGAUCUUCUUGUUCUACGUGAUAUUCUACGGAUGCUUGGCUGGAAUUUUCAUUGGGACCAUUCAGGCGUUGCUGCUUACGUUAAGCAACUACAAACCCACCUAUCAGGACAGAGUUGCUCCCCCAGGUCUGUCACACACCCCACGCUCAGAGAAAUCAGAAAUUUCUUACAAGAGGUCUGAUGAAAAUUCAUUUAAGAAGUACAUCGACAGCAUGGAUAAGUUCCUUCAACAGUAUGAUGAUGGUGGCCAGACUGAACAAAUGAAAUUUGAAGACUGUGGAGACACUCCUCAGCCAUACAAAGAACGUGGAAGUGUGGAAACUGACGUGGGACAGAGGUCAGCCUGCCGUUUCAGCAGGUCCUUGCUUGGCAUUUGCUCAGGGAUCACUGAUAAAACUUAUGGCUUUAAGGAUGGAAGGCCCUGCAUUAUUGUCAAGCUCAACAGGAUCGUCAACUUCAGACCAAGGGCUCCUGCUGACAAUCAGUCACUCCCGGAGGCUCUGCAGGGAAAACUUCCGCCCAACCUGAUCCCCAUUCACUGCAAAAAUAAGAGAGAAGAGGAUGCAAGCAAAAUUGGAGAGAUCAAGUACUUUGGCAUGGGCGAAGGCUUUCCUCUCCAGUACUACCCGUACUACGGCAAACUGCUGCACCCUCAGUACCUGCAGCCUCUGGUGGCCAUUCAGUUUUCCAACCUCACCCUGGACGAGGAGCUCCGCAUCGAGUGCAAAGCAUAUGGAGCGAACAUUGACUACAGCGAGAAAGACCGCUAUCAAGGACGUUUUGAUGUUAAGAUCACAAUCAGCUCGUGACCUCAGCCAUGACGAGCACUCUCAUUUUAAAAACAAAUAAAAUGUAGAGAGAAUUAAAGAGUUCAGAUAAACACCACUAGUCUUUGAACAUUCAUAAUAUACAGGACCUACGCUUAAUCCGUGUGCUUUACACUAGCUUUUCUGUGUGUUUGUCGAGGGUUAGUAUGUAAAAUACAAGAGUAGCAAUAGCAAAUAUUUAUUCUACUGUAAAUGAAAAUAUUCCUUGAGCCAUGGGAUGUGUUCAUCUAUUACUGUAAAACCGCAAUUCCACUACUGACGUGUUUCUGUCCCCAAAGUAUUUCAUCCUAAUGUGGUUUCUAUAUAUUUUUGGAGUGUCCAGUGCUGUAGUCUAGUCCUGUUGUAAUCUCUUUUGUCUUAUGUCAGCUUUAGCGGUCCAAGGUGUGUGCGUGUGCGCUCGUGUCUGUGUGCAGGUGUGUUAGUUUAUGUGAGUGUGUGAAGUGUCUGUUAAUGUGCUCUGAUUAACUGAAAUACUAGCAUGGUACUCUGAACCUUUAAGGCCCAUGUAUGAGUCAAUGACUGCGCUCCAUGGAAUCUCUUUCUUUUUUUUUUUUUUUGAUUGUUUCUCUAUCCGAGUUGUUCAAGUUGACUGUGGAAGGAUACAUUUGUACACCUUUUCUUUGUUGUUCACCUUAGCUGUAGGAUAUGGUUUGAUGACAUUUCUGUUUCAUAUUCUUACAUCUGUUCAUUCUUAAUUCAUAGUGUAGAGCUUUGUGGGUCCAGCCUAGAAGACUGUCACCUCCAUGGAAACAGUGGCAACUCAGUGCUUUGAAAUCUGUUUUGCUGGAGACAUCACAUGACGUGAUGCUACUUACUAUUGAAUGUUUUAGCCAUUUUCAUGGUGGAAGAAUUUUAUAUUUAUGCAGUUGUACAUUUUUUUCAAAGUGUAAUGUUUGAAUCCAAUACCAAAGUCGCUGGUCAGAAAGUUAGAGAAUAUCAGAGGCAAUGCAGUAUCCCGUGUAAUAAGAUGUUUAGUUGGUGUGAAAAUACUUAAUUCAGUGUUGAAGAUCAAAACACUUGUCAGGAGUCUGCUCUUGUCACUUUAUUUAAUCUGCAUAAGGCUGAAACAAUAAACUGAAAAAUGAGACAACUGUGAA